UGAGGACGCGUGUCAGGAUGGCAGCAGUUUCUACAGAUUAUUCAGGGCAAGGGUCCACCAAGAUAACUCCUGAAGUGUUACAGGAGAUGCUCCAGUACUACAACCUGAGCCGCCAGGAGUUCAUCAACACUUACAAAAUCCGGCCGCUCGUCUACAUCCCUGAGUUACCGUACAGCGCCAAGACCACCUUCGUAAUAAUGUACAUUCUUAUUUUCGUCCUGGCUCUGGCUGGAAAUAGUUUGGUCAUCUACAUAGUUGUGAAGAAGCGGGCGACACAGACGGCGACAGAUAUUUUUAUUUGCGUUGCCAUUCAGCGAUCACUUUCCUCUAACUUUCACUUUGCUGCAUAAACCAUCUCGUUGAAUACCUCAUUGUUUCACCCCUCUGUUCUUCUUGCAGGGGUUCUGGUUUGCAAAACGGUUCCCUUUGUGCAGACCACAGCCAUAGUGACAGGCAUCCUCACAAUGACCUGUAUUGCCAUCGAGAGAUACCAGGGCAUUGUCUUCCCCCUGAAAAUGAGGAGGCAGUACUCGUCCAAGAGAGCACAUAAAAUGCUAGGGCUGGUUUGGAUUGCCUCUGUGAUAGUGGGUUCACCAAUGCUGUUUGUGCAGCAGCUAGAGGUGAAGUACGACUUCUUGUACGAUCACUACCACAUCUGCUGUCAGGAGAGUUGGCGCUCUCUGACUCACAGGCAGGUGUACACCACCUUCAUCAUGGUGGCUCUUUUCCUGCUCCCAUUGGCAGCCAUGCUUUUCCUCUACACACGUAUUGGCAUUGAGUUGUGGAUCCGCAAAAGGGUGGGCGACUCCUCAGUCCUCAACACCAUGAACCACAGGGAGAUCAAUAAGAUCUCAAGGAAAAAGAAAAGAGCCGUUAAAAUGAUGAUCACCAUCGUUCUGCUAUUCACCAUUUGCUGGGCACCAUUCCACACAGUCCACAUGCUGUUUGAGUACUAUGACCUGGAGAACAAAUAUGACGGAGUCACACUAAACAUGAUCAUCGCCAUUGUUCAGGCCAUCGGGUUCUUUAACAGCUUCAACAAUCCCAUCGUCUACGCCUUCAUGAACGAGAACUUCAAGAAGAGCUGCGUCUCCACCCUCUCUCACUGCAUCCCAAAGCCUAACCAGCAGGGCGGCGCCGUGGUGGCGUCCAAACUGAGCGUGCAGUUCAUCAAACCCAAAAGCAGAGAAGCCUUCCUGGAAUCAGAAGAAGGCGAUAGCUCGAAGCAGGACUCGGCAGAGAAAGGACCUUCACGUUCAUCCCAUGGAGAGAGCUCGUUGGAAAUAAUAGGAGAAAAAAUCUUCACCAUCCAAACAGAGCUCCAUGCAAACAACUCCUCUCAAGUCAAAUGAGAAACAACUCCAAGUUGAGCUGUUUAGCCGAUGAAUUAAACCCUCAAUCAGCCAGCUACAGGUGCCUCAUAUGGGAUUUCAAUUCUCACAGCUGCAGGUACCUCAUAUGAGAUUUUAAUUCUCACAUUUGUGGCUCAAAGACCCACAAAGUCUUGGAAACAAAUCGCUGCAGUGCCAGAGGCAAGAGCGUUUUUUAUUUCUGGUCUGGAGAACAGCUGAAAGAAAUAGGAAGGAAUACUUAAAAGAGGCAGUUUAGCUAUAAAGAAGACUGUUGGAAACAGACAGGAACAGCAGUCAGACACUGAAACACCAAUUUGUUGUCUGAAUGGAGAAAUCAUUUCUGUUGAGAUGUCUCUGAAACCUGCAGGCCACUCAGCGAGCCUUUCAUGAUGUGUUCAGUGCCAUGCCAAAUAAGCAUUAACUGUUACCACUGUGGUGUUGUGCUACACUGAGAACAGUUUGAAGACAUUCAUUCAAGGGAUGAUAAUGUCAGAUGAUAAAAAAAAUAAAAAAUAACGUGUGAAAAAUUAUUUUUUACUAAACUGAGCUGCUGGGAUCAACAUUUUUCUUUAAUAUGUGUUCCUUCAUCACCAUACAGGACUUAGACUCAGCCUUUUUUUUUAGAUCAAACCUGAUGACAUACAAAGCAUGACAUUUUAUAGUUAAUUAGAAAAAUUAAAUGUGAUUAAUUCCUACAUGCACCAACAUAGCGCAUCCUUUAGAUUAAUUUAAUAAUGCAAGACGAAUCACAGCAGUUUUCUUCUAUCACUGUAGUAAAAUAUACAGCCAUCUUACACAGGAAAAACAUGAAUAAGAUGCACUGAAGGUAAUUGUGGCAUCACACACACACACACACACGUAAUUCAAUUCAAUUUUAUUUAUAGUAUCAAAUCAUAACAAGAGUUAUCUCGAGACACUUUACAGAUAG